GAAAGAUGAAACAAUUUCAAAACCACAUAAAUUAUAUGAACCAAAACGUAUUACUGGCACGUUGAAUCAUCAUGAUAUAUCAGGUAGUAAAAGUCCAUUAAAUAGUAGUACUUUAAAUACUCCAACUAAAAAUGGUCCAAAUCCUCAUACAACAAAAGCUACACCUG